GACCGAAAGGGGCCACUCGUGCCGGUUGGUUGCUACACGGAGCUACCAGCUCCAAGGGACUUGGGCCAUGAUCAUGAAGAUGCAGAAAAGAAGCUAGCAGAAAAGGAGGAUCAAGCAGGGUCCAAAACGGGCCCGGGCAGAGGCAACGGGCGGGGCCGUGGUCGGGGUCGUGGCAAGAGAGCUGCAGCUCUUGACUCGCCGCCCAGCAAGAGGAUCAAGGCGGCAGAGGCGGCAGAGCAGCUGCAGGAAGACCAGGAAGCAGAGGAAUCCGCCAAGCCGCAGUCCCCGAAGCCGGAGAAAUCCGCCAAGCCAAAGCAGUCCCCCAAGAAGAAAUCCGCCAAGCCAAAGCAGUCCCCGAAGAAGAAAUCCGCCGAGCCGCAGUCCCCAGAGAAGAAAUCCGCCAAGCCAAAGCAGUCCCCGAAGCCGAAGAAAUCCGCCGAGCCGCAGUCCCCAAAGCCGAAGAAAUCCAAGCCAAAGCAGACCCUAAAGCCGAAGAAAUCCGCCGAGCCAAAGCAGAUCCCAGAGCCGAAGAAAUCCACCAAGUCGGGCCAGGCUGUAGCGACCAAGGAUUCCAAGGACCCAGAGCCGGACCGACCCAGGGUAGAAAGCAAUUUGCUACGCAUCAUGAAAGAGCUUCCUAUUGCAACCCCGGCUUCUGCACUACAUGUGGGCUUUCACGCGAAGGACUUCCUGCAAAAGAGCUACACCAAGUACAUCUCGGCCGACGAGAAGGCGAAGCUUCCGCCUGAGCACCAGUCAGAGGUCAAGGGCAUCGAAGUGAACUUGUACUGCAACAAGUUUUAUGUGAAGCGGGUGCUUGUCACAAGUUGGGAUGGUAUGCCGGAGGAUCUUGUCUGUGUAACUCGGCUUUGA